CAAAAAUGGCUAUGAGGGGAAUCAAUUCACAACGACGCAGCAAGAACAGAAAGAGCUCUCCCUUUUAAUGGCUGCAAUCACAGCGCUCCUCUCUGCGCUUUCAUCAGCCAUCUGAAGACGAACCAGAAGCAGAGGAAGAAGGAGGAGGAGAAGAAGAAGAAGGACGAAACCUUUUCCCCUUUCAACCUUCCUCCCUCUCUCUCUCUGCUGUCACGGCGGCAGCAUAGCCUCAGCUCGCCGCUGGCACGAUCCGAAGUCUCCGGGCUAGCCAUCUGUGUCGUCAGAAGUUUUGGGAGCUCGGGUAAUCAUCUUUCUGUGAAAGCGCACUCUGGAUGCUUAGAGGAUGACAACAAAAGAUUAAAGAUCACGACUAAUAUAGGAAAUUAUUAUACUGGUCUGCGCUUUGAUAGAAAGUUGAUAGCAGAUCAUCGUCCAAAAUGAAGCCUUUUGAAAAUGGUGGGACUGACUUAGAAGGUGGUAGGGUCGAGAGAGAGAGACAAAAAUCAACAAGGGGCAACAGAGUAGUUAGAAUACCCAAUCAAGCUUUAUUGUCUGGUUUUGCAUAUUGCAUUUCAUCCUGCAGCAUGAUACUGGUCAACAAGUAUGUGCUGUCAAGCUAUGAUUUUAAUGCUGGCAUAUUUUUGAUGCUUUACCAGAAUCUCAUCUCCGUUAUUAUCGUGUCUGCGCUGAGUUUUCUUGGUGUGAUAUCAACAGAACCGCUGACAUUGAGAUUGAUCAAGGUCUGGCUGCCUGUCAAUUUUAUAUUCGUUGGAAUGCUUAUAACAAGUAUGUUUAGUUUAAGGUACAUCAAUGUAGCCAUGGUCACAGUCCUGAAGAAUGUUACAAAUGUGAUUACCGCACUUGGAGAAAUGUACCUAUUCAGUAAGCACCACGACAGUAGAGUUUGGGCUGCUUUGUUUUUGAUGAUUAUUUCAGCAAUUUCUGGAGGGAUUACAGAUCUAUCUUUUCAUGCUGUUGGCUAUGCGUGGCAGAUUACAAAUUGUUUCUUGACGGCAUCAUACUCGCUGACACUGCGUAGGGUAAUGGAUACGGCAAAGCAAGUCACGAAAUCUGGAAACUUGAAUGAAUUCUCGAUGGUCUUGCUAAACAAUACCCUCUCCCUGCCCCUUGGAGUUAUUCUCGUAUUUGUAUUCAAUGAGGUGGAUUAUCUUGUCAAUACACCGCUUUUGAAAUUACCAACCUUCUGGUUGGUGAUGACAUUUAGCGGAUUUCUAGGCCUGGCAAUAAGCUUCACUUCUAUGUGGUUUCUUCACCAAACGGGGGCCACAACCUAUAGUCUUGUAGGUUCAUUGAAUAAGAUACCACUGUCUGUUGCUGGGAUCGUCCUGUUCAAAGUCCCCACUAGUUUGGAAAAUUCGGCCAGCAUCUUCUUUGGUCUCUUGGCUGGAGUCUUUUUCGCUCGAGCAAAAAUGCGGGAGAGAUCUUAAGAGUCAGUUGCUUAUUUUUAGCCAACUGAAGAUUGCAGGAAUUGCAUAUUUUCGCCAACCCAAGAUUGCACCCAAAUUCGCACAGCUAAAAGUAAUCUUGUUCAACAACGAAAAAAAUUGGGUGAUUCAUCCUUGGGGAAUAUCGCGCCUUAUGAUGCUCGAUUUCUUGGUGGAGAAGGAGGCAAAUCCAUGCUUUGAGAUUGCGAAUCUAUUUUUUGGUCUUCACUCAGGCAGGUUCCACUCUACCCACUAAAUUUAUCACGUGUAAUGGAACUCAAAAUCUGUGUUGUACUGUAUCAGUAUUAUGGAGUGGAUCACUUCACUCGACUUCUCUCAUUGAUCAUGGAAUAGAGAGGUUCGUUUCUUUGUAUGUCGUGUCGUAACUUUUCUCAUAUGGUCGACAUAUCUUGAUCUGGGCAUUGAUUUCUUCUUCA